GCAACAUCAAAAUCCAAGUUUCCCAAGGUGUCUCUUAGUAAACUUAAUGGUUAAGAUUUAGGUUGGAAGAUCAACACUCACAACUCUAGUUCCAAAGCCUAUCUUUAAGCGCUGCACAAAUAACCUUGCAUAUGAAAAAAAAGGGUUACUUCUAGGUAGUUUCCUUCCAACCUGAUGAACCAAAAAGUAUCGUGUUAUUACUCUAUAUCAAUACUAUCAAACUUACAAACAGGAAAUUUAUAAAAAUGUAUGCAACAUAUAAUAGUAGUGCUGCAAAACAAACGCAAGGACUACCAUAUCCUGCAGCACCGAUGAACAUUGCAGGAGGGCAGCCAUAUCCAUCACAUUAUAAUGCUUCUUCGGUAGUUGGUGGGACGGCGCCAUGGUCUACCGGACUGUGUCAUUGCUGUGAUGAUCCAGCCAACUGCUUGGUUACUGCCUUUUGCCCCUGCAUCACCUUUGGCCAAAUUGCUGAGCUCGUUAAUCAGGGCAACCCUGGUUGUGCAGUAAAUGGAACAAUAUAUGGGUUACUGAUGGGAUUCACAGGCUUACCAUGCUUAUAUUCAUGCUUCUAUCGGCCGCGAUUGAGAGGACAAUAUGGGUUGGAGGAGGGACCUUCUGCUGAUUGUUUGGUUCACUUUUGCUGCGAGCCUUGUGCACUUUGCCAAGAGUACCGUGAGCUCAAGAAUCGUGGUUUUGACAUGGGCAUAGGCUGGGAGGCUAACAUGGAGAGGCAGAAACCAGGAAUGACAGUGGCUCCUCCUGUGGGAAUCAUGAUGCGCUAGCUAGGACCGGCGGCUACAUGUUAUUUAAGUUUUGGCAGAUUUCUAUUGAAAAUGGGCUUAGUUGAUCAACUUUGUUGUAUCACGCAAUAUGAACAGAUUAAGAUAUGGAGAAAUAACAAAACGCUAUCAUAUAUAGCUGUCUAAAAUAUGUAAUUAUACCUUUCAGCCUUCAGGUACCGUUUUGAGUUUAAUCUUAA